CCCGCAGUGUUUGGCGGCCCCGCCCGCCCCCUUUCGCCGCGCAGAGAGCCGGCCGCGUGCGCCCUGCUCCGCCGCGCCAGCAUGUCCGCGCUGAGCUCCGCCCGCCGCCUGCUCCUGCUGCGCCCGCCGCGGCUCGCCUGCCCGCGGGCUGUCUGGAGCCGGGGCUGCAGCAGCGCCAGCCCGCCCAACCCGCUAGUCUACCUGGACGUGGGAGCCGACAACCAGCCCCUGGGGCGCGUCGUGUUGGAGCUAAAAGCUGAUGUGGUUCCAAAGACCGCUGAAAAUUUCAGAGCUCUUUGUACCGGUGAAAAGGGUUUCGGGUAUAAAGGAUCCACCUUUCACAGAGUGAUUCCUUUAUUUAUGUGCCAGGCUGGGGACUUUACCAACCACAAUGGCACGGGAGGAAAAUCCAUUUAUGGCAGUCGAUUUCCAGAUGAAAAUUUCAUACUUAAGCACGUUGGACCUGGUAUACUCUCAAUGGCCAAUGCAGGACCCAAUACAAAUGGGUCUCAGUUCUUUAUUUGCACUGCCAAAACUGACUGGCUAGAUGGAAAACAUGUUGUGUUUGGCUACGUAAAGGAAGGAAUGGAAGUUGUGAAAAAAAUCGAGAGCUUUGGUUCCAAGAAUGGAAAGACAUCCAAAAAGAUUGUCAUUACUGACUGUGGUCAGCUGUCAUAACCCACUGCCUGUAACUCAGGAGAACUUAGGUGCUGUGAAAAAGAAAAAUGAGGAGGAAGCAUGUCUGAUUUCACUUUUAGCGUUGUUAAUUGCUGAUGUGAAAAUAUAUUUAUGUCUGUUCAAGAUAAUUCAUUGAAGAUGCUAUGAUCAGGGACAGUAGAAAUGUGAGGAAUUCUAGUUAAAAAUCUCCAUCUUAUUGUGGGUAGGGUCUAGAGUCCACGUUUUCUAUCUAACUUGGCUCUACUUUUACAUUGUUGUAUAAUAUUAUUUACUCACAACAAUGAGAAUAUUCUUAAAAUAUGUAUUAGCGUGUUAAACUGAACUACCAAAAUAGAGGCUUUCAGGCCAAGCUUGAUCGAGAACCCCAUAGUAUCCUGCAAGCUGAAGUGCAGUCAUUCAACACUGUAUUGGGCAGCAAUAUGAAUAUUAAUUUUGUCAUAAAUUACAAGGAACAUUGUGAGCCUUAUCAGAAUAUUUGAAAGAUUAUCCUGUUGUCGACUUGGCUAGUCAGAGUUUGCACCCUUCUCUAUUUCAAAUGAAUGUAAAGUUAGUGUUUGACAAAUCCAUCCAGGUUCAGUGAAUAAAUUCAUUAGCUGGAUGUUUCAGGCAGUAGGAUCAACAGUGAAGUAAUUAAGGAUGUUGCAUUUAAACUUUUGUAAUUGGGGUUAAAAUGCUUCAUUAAGAUGAAAUAAAGAAUGCUGCAUUUCCUUUGGUGCUAUGUUUCAUUCCUGUCUGGUUGCGGACUUGAAGUUGUACUGAUAAAGCAAAUUAGUUAAUGCUCUCAAGGCUAUCUCUGCAACCAGAAGGACUAGAAUCUUCUUUCUGCAAAAGAUGACAAAACUUACAGUGCAACUUAAAUCGAUGGAUUUCUAUUGUCUUGGACCAUUGCUAAUUCUUUAACAGAGGGGGGAAACUAAGACUAAGGCUUGGUCUACACUGGGAGCGGGGAUCGACCUGAGAUACGUUGACUCCAGCUACGCUAUUCUCAUAGCUGAAGUUGCGUAUCUUAGGUUGACUUACCUCGCGUCCUCACGGUUGACUGCCGCCGCUCCCCCGUCGACUCCGCUUCUGCCUCUUGCCACAGUGGAGUACAGGAGUCGACGGCAGAGCGAUCGGGGAUCAAUCACUACCCGCCAAUCCGGCGGGUAGUGUAGACGUACCCACAAAGUAUCUUGUAUCUAAAUGAAUUGAUCAAAUUAACUUUUUGCUUUACAUUAUAUUAAACUGGGUUGGUGGGCAUGCUACCACAGCUCCAGUCAUUUACUUGAUAGAGUCAAGAGAUAACCAGAACUGAUCAAGUGACCUUCUUUGUAAUGCAACUGCUAACUAACCGGCAGUGCAGCUCUACUCUGAAACCUGACUAGGUAAAAAUAGCAGCAGAUCCAUUUUCUGUGUGUAUUCAGAAUGCUAUCCCAAAUGACAAAUAAGUUUUACUGCUUUUUGUUUCUGUUAGCCCGUCAGAGCCAAUUUAUCUUGGGGAUUAGCUGGAUUCCAUUUCUUCUGGUGCAUCAUCAACAGAAUUACUAAUUUAAAAUUGGUUACUUCAGUGAGAGGGAAGGAAUCCAGAUGGUCUGAUGGGAGUCCAUCAAGAGUUUUCAGGGCUGGCAGUUAGAAAAUACAUCUUUUCACUCGUAAACUGUGUACAUCUGAUAGGGAAGCAUUGAGAAAUAAUGGUAAUAAAACCUUACAAUGACAUUUCUAGAGUCACUUAAGCUGCUAAAUAUAUAUAUAUUUAUAUACAAGUGGUGGAGGAAGUGUCUUGGUGGCUGGUACAGUAAUUAUUCAGGAAAUAAAAAUAAAAUGUGAAGGCUCUUUCCAAAUGUGAGUUAAUGUCCAUCAUAUAGAACAACAGUAUGCAAGUUUAAAAUGCAUCAUGCACUAGAUGGAUGUCUUUUUAGCUAAUUGAAGAUUACAUACAUUUGUGUAUGUGUGUGAUGGAAUUUCAAGUAUAAUUUCACAGAAAAUAGGACUGAACCGCUUUUUAUUAUAGUUCCACUAUUGAUUUCUUUUGAAAUAUUUAAAAAAUAUUUUAGCUAAUGUUGAAUGUUGAUAUAAAAUAUUUUAUAUGUUCCCUUCAUUUGUGUGUGGAAAAUCAUUAAAUACAUUUUUUGGUUAAAAAAGAA